CAACCGGAACCGGUACCGGUACAAGCAGCGCUGAAACACCCUUGCCUAGCUAGUUGCUGAAAGAUUUCUGUGAUCAUCCGACCUCCAAACCGAAGAAUCCUGCUAAAAUAGCAGCACUAUCUACAACGUCCACAAUGGGGAAGAAGCCCAGAAGAAAGAAGAAAGGCAACCGGGUUCAAAGAGCUCAAGUUCCUAGUAAUGAUGAGAACGCCGAGAGAAGUGCGAAAUCUGGUGCUGUCGACACCUCUAACAAGGAUACUGGAAUGAGCUCUGGGAUGUCUGCGACAGCGGAACAGUUCCCAACAGUGAGCCAAUCUUUUAAAUUGCAGUUCAUGGAGCAUAAUGUUACCAACGAAGCUUUGGACAAGAUACUCGCAAGAGGCGUUCUGGAUGAAGAGCUGAAUUCGAGAGAAAAACUUUGGGACUACUUUCUGAAGCUCGUAAUCAACUUUCCUACGGCGUUGCUGACAGAAUACAUUUUACGCGGCCUGGUACUUGGUCCUCCACACAUUGACCGCCGCGUGAAUUUGGCUCCAGGAAACAAGCAAUCGGAAUUUUCCUUUCCCUUGCUCUCAUGGGCAUGUCAGUGGAAACUUGCCAAGGAGAACUUUCAUUGGUUAGCACAAGAUGAAAUGGUUGACAUGAUCAUAAAAGCAGGGGCUAAUGUCAACAGUCUUAUGGAAAACAAGACAAAUGCACUGUUCCUUGCAGUAAAGUAUGGAUCACUCCAAACCGUGGAUUUGCUUCUGGAAGCGGGCUGCAACAUUCACCAAGUAGAUCAGUUCGACAGGACUUGCCUGUACAAUGCCACGGAACACCCAUCUCCACCCAUUCUCCGUCGUUUGUUGGAGCAACUUCCUGCCACAGAGAUGUGUGACCUACGUCAUCACGAUGGAAGUCUUUGUAGACUGACUAUGGUGGACCGUAUCAUGUCCCACUUCGUAACAGCAGAUGAAGAGAUUAGUUGGAAAAUACUGGGCCCCCCAACUGCAUCUGACUUGAGUGAAUCCUUGAUUGUGUUGCGUCAGAGUGGGGCGUCAUUCUCUGUCAAAGGUAGCGCUUUUGCAUUGGAGGUUCUUGGCAAUGUGCGUGAUCCAGAGUUCGCCUUUGGUACGGAAAAACCCAAGGAACAAGAGGUGUUUCGGGAAGUGGCAACAUGUUUGGUGGGUGCUUGGUUACCCGACGGUUGCAGGCCGAAUCCUUUGCGUGGGGGAGAAGUCAAAGACCCUUUUCUGGCAGAUGGAAAGACCAAAUUAAAGCCAGAUGAAGGCCAUGGUGUCAACGACUUUGAUGCUGUUGAAGCCCCAAAAACUUGUCAGUUAUGUUUGAAAGUGGCAAAGAAACCAGCUACACUUUAUUGUGGAGACACAUUUUGUCGCAAGUGCAUCAUAGAGCACAGCCGAAAGGAAGAAGGCAACAGUUCCCCCAGCUGCCCCACAUGCAGGAGAUUUCUCUGCAAGGAACUUCUAGGAGGGAAGACGGAAAAGGUUCCUUAUUUUGAUACAAUGCGACGGAUUGCUGGAGCAAGCACAGACUUGAGCCAGCGCGGACCUCGAUACUUCACUGAUGAUCAACUCAAGGCCGAAGCACAGUUUCAGGGCAUCACCUACACUGGAAUCAACGAUUUGCGGUUGAAACUUCAGGCUGACUUUUUAUCCCGGCCAGAGCGUAGCCCCAUGAAGGCCAGUGGUCCAUCUGGUGUUACCGUGACGGAAGAAGUCUUGUCUGUUGAUCUUGCGGCAGCCUUCCCCUUUGGCAACAGUCAAGCGAUUAGAUGGGCCCCGGAAAAAGGACCAGUUUACAUUGAUGUUUCAGUUAGAGGCAUUCCCCUCUUGGCCAGGAUUUCAAAUUGGAGCUUGUAUACGAUGCUUUCUCAUUCUGUCGUUGACCAAUUGGGACUUCGACGGAUUGAAAGUCUCACGUCUACAAAAUUUGUUGACAUACAGACAAAAUCAAAGUGUCGAGAUCUAACCUUUACGUGCAUAGAGGCAUUCUCCAUCAAUGUUGGUGGGAUUGAUGUCACACUCAGCAAUGCCGUGGAAGUUUAUCCUGAUCCUAUGCCUGUGAAACACACGAAAAUGUUUGGGAUACAGCUUGGUCAAGAUUUUCUUCUAUCGGCUCGCUGGGCUCCGAUUGAUGUUGCAGUGGGGGGGCGUGGCGCCAUCAAGAGAAUCGACAUAGACAAGGCUUGGUCUGUUGACACGUCAAUAAAGAACCAGUCCAAAACUUCUGCACUCCCAGAUACUCCAAAAGAAAUGCUGAGAUUCUACUCCUGUGAUGGUAGGAUUGCACACAUACCAUUGCUCCACUUCAAGCCAUUUGAGAGGGGGUAUAUCUGCGGCACCUCAUUGAAAGAGACCGUCAGGUUUGAGGGGUGUAGAUGGUGCCGUCGAGUUUUUCCGGAAGGUAUGCAAGGUUGUGACUUGUGCGCUGCGAAGGGAAGAGACGCCUUUUUCUGUACACGCCAGUGCCUACUUGAUGCAUGGGUAAUCCACAAGAAACUGGUGCAUGGGAAAGAUCGGGAGGAGAGACAUCAACACGACGAGAUAGAUUUGGGAAGUAUGGAAGAAGUGGAUUAGUUUACCAUUAAUUGGGACCCGCAUCUUUGCUCGAGUGCUGUAGUGAAAUCUAGUAAGUAAAGCAUGUAGAUUGAUGUAGUGCUGAUCCUUAAAGUGACAUUUCAAGGUCACAGGUUGCAAACUCCUCGCCCGACAUUUUCCUCGGCCAAGUGCUGAACUUGGCAGCUUCUAAUGACUGGGGUAGAGAUGCCGGUUGCGGAUCAUCUCAUACAAUUCUUGUUUUCCCGAAACCAAGGGUGGUUCUCCUUGGGCCUUGGCAUAUGCCGCACACUCCUCCAAAGUGGCCUCUCCAGCUUCGAUUUUCUUGCCGAGUUCUUCCGUAGACCAGGUCAAGUAGCGUUCCUGGAGCAUUUUGUCCAGGGUCCCUUCCUCUUGCAUCUUGGCCGCCUUUCGCAAACCCAACGCAUAGGCAUCCAUGGCACCAAUGUGACCAAUAAAGAGAUCCACGGGAUCCACCGAUUCGCGACGUACCUUGCAAUCAAAAUUGAGACCGCCAGUGCCGAGACCUCCCUGCUUCAAGACCACCGACAUGAUGGCUGUUGCCUGAGCCACGUCCAUUGGGAAAUUGUCCGUGUCCCAUCCGAGCAUUGUGUCGCCCGUGUUGGAGUCAAUGCUACCCAACUUUCCAUAGACGGAACUGACCCAAAUGUCAUGAGCCGCUUCAUGGCCCGCCAACGUGGUAUGGUUGGGUUCAAUGUUGAGCUUGAAGUGCUCAUCCAAACCAUAUGUCUGGAGAAAGGCCAUGCAGGUUUGCGCGUCGUAAUCGUAUUGGUGUUUGGUAGGUUCUCGAGGUUUCGGUUCAAUCAAGAAUUGGGCGGUGUAUCCCUUGGCCUCUUUGUAUUUAAUGGCCAUCCGGUACAUGUCAGCCAUGUGAUCGCAUUCCUUCUUAAAGUCCGUGUUGAGCAUGCUCUGAUAGCCUUCGCGACCACCCCAAAAGACGUGAUUCUGGCCUCCCAAGGCAUUGUUGAUGUCCAUGACUUUUUGAAUGGAAGCGGCUGCAUAGCAAAAUGUGUGCAGACUGGGAUUGGUCAUGCCUCCGUUCAUGUAGCGCUUGUGAGUGAACAGAUUCUGCGUGGCCCACAAGAGCUGAACACCCGUGGCUUGUUGCUUUUCCUUCAGAUAGGCGACAAUGGUAUCCAAAUUCUGCUGCGAUUCUUCCAGCGUGGAACCUUCGGGUGCCACAUCGAAAUCGUGAAAGGUAUAAAAUGGGACGCCCAACUUGGUAAAGAGCUCAAAGGCCACGUCAAUGCGGCGUUUGGCCAAUUCAAUGGGAUCGCUAAUGCCGUCUUCCCAAGGACGACACAAGGUUUUUUCACCAAAGGGGUCUUGACCUCCGCCUCCCACAAAGGUGUGCCAGAAACACACGCUGAAGCGAAGCCAUUCCUUCAUGGGCUUGCCCGCAAUCACCUCGUCUGGGUUGUAAUGGCGGUAACUGAGUGGAUCCGUCGACUCUGGACCCUUAUACAAAAUCUUGGGGACGUCCGGAAAGAACUCGCUAGACAUGGUGGAUAGAUGGUAUUUUAAUUUGAGGUUGUUGAUGUUCUGAGCUUCUUAUUAUUAUGAUUUGGUUGCAAUCAAAUGGGCUUCUUUCGCUCUACGAUUGCUUUGUGCAAACGAAGCCCGCCAUCAACGAAAGAAAUGAGAGCCAAAGCGAC